UCACUGUAAUUAAUGUGUUAGGGUGCAGCUUUGUGUUGAACUGCCUCACCCAUCAUCAUCAUCAUCACUCGUGUGAGAUCAUCCAGACAAACACGAAAUCUCUCAUUUGCCUUUACCACGGAGGAAUGCUCCACAUUGAAACAGUUCAGGGAAUCUUAUCUGGCCAGGGAGUGUUGUCAUUCAUCCAGGUCCUGCAGGAAUAGCACAUUUGUGUGCAUAAAGCAGGGAAAAUGAGUACGGGGAAGCCGAGUGGUCUCAAACCACCCACCAAGAUUGGUAAACCAGCUGCGACGCCAAGCAAAACCUCGCCCACCUCAGCUGGUGCAAAGGCUGUAACAUCCCCAACCUCUAAUACGGCCCAAGAUGCUGCGUCAGAUUUCUCUGUUGGUGAACGAGUUUGGGUCAAUGGAAAUAAACCGGGUUAUGUGCAGUUCAUAGGAGGGACCCAGUUUGCACCAGGCCAAUGGGCGGGAAUAGUUCUAGACGAGCCCAUAGGGAAAAACGAUGGCUCUGUGGCUGGAGUGCGCUACUUCCAGUGUGAGGACUUGAGAGGUAUAUUUACUCGGCCCUCCAAACUGUCUCACACUCCCCUGCCAGAGCGUGAGGCCAAUGGCACACAGACACCCACCAACAAGACAUCCACCUCCCCUGCCAAAGAUCCCGUUCCUGUCACUCAAACCACUAGUGCAACCACCAAAACCUCAACAAACCUAACAAGAGCCACCAGCGAGUCUGCAUCCAAUAUGUCUGAAACAGAUUCGGCCAAGAAGUUGCAGCGGGAACUGAAGUUGGGUGAUCGCGUUCUGGUUGGUGGAACCAAGGCAGGUGUUGUGCGUUUCCUGGGCGAAACUGACUUUGCAAAAGGUGAUUGGUGCGGCGUUGAGUUGGACGAGCCUCUUGGCAAGAAUGAUGGAGCAGUUGCUGGUGCAAGAUAUUUCCAGUGCCUACCAAAGUAUGGACUGUUCGCUCCUACUCACAAAGUCACCCGCAUUGGAUUCCCGUCCACCACUCCCGCUAAAUCCAAAUCCUCCAGGCGCAGGUCGACUCUAAAGAACAGCCCCAGCGCAUCCUCCAUCAGCUCCCUCAGCUCUGUCACUUCCUCAGUUGGAGGCAAACCCAGCCGAGCAGGCCUGCUCACAGAGACGUCGGCUCGGUACGCACGGAAGAUCUCAGGCACUACGGCCCUGCAGGAGGCCCUAAAGGAGAAGCAGCAACACAUCGAGCAGCUCCUGGCCGAGCGGGACAUAGAGAGGACAGAAGUGGCACGAGCCACAAGUCAUGCCGGAGAGGUGCAGCAAGAGCUGGCGCUGCUCAGACAGGGCCAGGAACAGUAUGCUGUGGAGAUGGAAGCCAAGUUGGACCAGCUGCGGAGACUCGUGGAGACUGCAGACAGAGAUAAAGUGGAGCUGAUGAAUCAACUGGAAGAAGAAAAGAGAAAAGUGGAGGACCUGCAGUUCAGUGUAGAGGAAGCUUGCAUUACCAAAGGUGACCUAGAGGUGGCCACGGUGUCCGAGCGCUCCAGAAUCAUGGAGCUGGAAAAGGAGGUGUCCGAUUUGCAUCUUCAGCUGAGAACUCUCCGGGCUGAGACCACGGGAUCAGCCUCACCUCCAUUACAAGACAAAAAGAUCAAGGAGCUGAACUUUGAAUUAGAAAACAGACAGAAGGAAGUGCUUAUAUUCCAGCAGAAACUCACUUCCUCCGAACAAGAGAAAACAUCCCUCCAGCAGCAGCUGCAAGAUCUAAAGCAGAAACUUGACACAGCAGUGGAGGACAAUAAUAAAGCAACACUAGCUAUGCAAGAAAUGGAAAGAAACAUUAAAAUGCAGGAAGAGAAGCUGGAUCAGGUGUCCAGGGAGAAGGAGGACAUGCAGAGGGAUGUUGCCAUUCAGCAGCAGCAGGAACAGACGAAAAGUGAAGAGAGAGAGCUUCAGAUGAAGGGGCUGAAGGAGAAGUUGGGCCGAGCAGAAGGAGAGCUGAACAGAAUCACAGAGAGAAGUGCUGAGCUGGAACAGCAGGUGGUAGAACUGAAAGCCUUCAAAGACCAAACACAGGGUUUACAGACUGAUGAAAAGCUGGAGCAGAUGACAAAGAGGAAUGAGAAGUUGCAGGAGGAGCUUGAUGCCCUGAAGCAGCAGAACUCUCAGUAUCAGGAGCAGCUGAGUUCAGAAACACAGAGCAUCGACAGCCUCCGCAAAGAAAUUGAGGAGCUAAAACUGUCAGCCAAUCAGAAGUCUCAGAGGCAGGUGUCACUCCAGGACGAGAAAGGGACGUUGGCUCAGGAGGUGGACGUCCACGCACCGCAGAAGCUUGGCAGCGAAGCUCUGACUAGCCAGCUGGAGAUUACAGAGAGUGAGAAGUCCAAUGCAAUGAUGUCUGAUAAAGACAAAGAGCUAGAGACGCUACGAAAUGAGAUUGCAGUGCUUCGUGUGGAAAAUGCCAUGGCCAAGACACUCCAGUCAGCUGUGACGUCUCUAGAGAAGGACAAAGCCCAGCUGGAGAGCCGAGUGAACAGCCUGGAGCAAAAGCUGGAGGUCCGGCAGACGGGGAAUGGAGAGGAAGUCAGUUCAGGUGAUGCUGCUAUAGACCAACUGAGAGAAGAGAAAGAGUUUGCUGAGGGACAGAUCAACUUCCUGAACUCAGUCAUUGUGGACCUCCAGAGGAAGAAUGAAGAACUAAAGGUGAAGCUGAAGAAAAUGGCAUUGACCGAGUUCAACGGAAAUGAUGAAAAUGAUGGUCUUGGUGAGGUCAAAAAGAAGAAGAAAGCUCCACCACGCGUUUUCUGCGACAUCUGUGACUGCUUUGACCUGCACGACACGGAGGACUGUCCCACUCAAAUGCAAUCCCCAGACUCGCCUCCACACACCACAUACCACGGGAGCCGCAGUGGCGAACGACCGUACUGCGACAUCUGUGAGGCGUUCGGUCACUGGACAGACUCUUGCAACGAUGACCAAACCUUCUGAAUCUCCCCUCAGCCCCUGGGCCUAUGAGCAGGCUAUGCACAGUUCGCUUUCAACCAGAUUAUACGCUAUUUUUGUACACCAUAUAUAUACAUUCGAACCUCUUGUACAUUCCCUAAAUGAAUCCGCCCAAAUGAAGGCUAAGGAAUGCUGCAUUUAUGGAAGUUGAAUGUUAUGAAGGCAAAAGAUAUUUCUGUGUUAUCAAUACUCUUUUGUGGGUUUGUAAGUUUUUUUCUGUCCAGUGUUGAUUAAUCUAAUGAUGAAUUACCAGCAAGAUAAUUGGGAACGGUUUAGCAAUACUUUGCAGUGUAUUUAAAACUGCUGUGUGUAAUUUCUAGUGGCACAAAAUGGAAUUGCAAAAAUAAUGACUAUUUCCAAACAGGUUUUCCUCUCUCUACUAUUGUAGCUCCACUCCAAAGUCAACCCAUUGGUUGAGUCAGAAGUUAACAUUUCAGGGUGCUCAAACAAACAGCAAUGUUUUGAAAGCUUCACAAAGCUGUAUCCUGUGUUCGGAUUGGUAUACUAGCACACUGUGUACUGCACACUAGUCAGCACUGCCCACUGUUUUUAGAUAGCAUGUGAAAUGGUACGCAUUAUUUAAAUUUCAUCUUGUUCGUUACUCUCGUUGAAUCGACUCCUGUCGAGCACAUUGCAUUAUGGAUGACUGUAUACUGCAUCCAGGUAUUCUAUGCAUACAGAAAUUAUUCAUACCAUGCAUAGUAUACAUACUGUAGUAUGUAGUACGCUAUUCUGAACAUAGCCACAGUUGUUGCACUAUUCAGUAAUUCGCCCUACGAAUGGUUUACUUACAGCUGUCUCUGCAUAAUAAACCAGGAUAGAAGAUUUUAAUUAUUUUAAUGAAACAAAAUUACACACUUCAGCUUGAAGAACUCAUAAUGGACUGUUAUCACAGACAGAAAACAGCACAAGUACACCAAACAAAGCUGAAGCUAACCACUAUUAACUUAUUGCACUUCUCACUUUAAUUGUAUACAGCACAUGAGUUUAACUGCCAUUGUUUGGAACUAAGUUAUUUUUACUGUUAAAUGUUAGACAUAUAGUUAUAAUAAAGUCAUAUAAAUGGCUUUUUAUGCGUAUUUUGAUGGUAUGUCCUGUAGAUUUCAGGCCUAUUCACACCAAGUGCACAACAUAAAUGCACAGCAAGAUUUUAAGAUUGAAACCUUUUUUGUGUAUGGAAUUAAAAUUGAUUUAUUUAAAAUGUUGAACAUUUACUUCAGGUAUCCAGACUUUUUUCAGAGAAUGAAGAAAAUUCUGCAUCAAAAAAUAGUGUAGAAUUGUUUUGGUGCAAAAAAUGACUUCCAAAUAUUUUAUAAUUCCGUAUAUUUUAGUCACCUCAAACUUGGUGUGAACAGACCUUUACUAAAGCACACUUUUUAAGCACAAGAUCAUAUUGUAUCUCUUAUUAUUGAUGUAAUAUUAACAAUUUAUUUAGCAACCUAAUAAACUGCAAAUGUUAGAAUUGGUAACCCCCAAUGAAAUGGUGCACAAAAUUAUAUUAAAUAUGUAUAAUAUUCAUGAUUAUUCCCCUUUGGUUUAUACGAAUUUGAUCAGAAAAUGUUGCAUUAAUUGCAAAUAUAUGGUCUGUUUCUACUGAAAUAUUGUGACAGUCUUUAUCUAUUGUACGGUUUCAUGUACUGUAUAUUCACUUGAACUCAAUACAAACAUUCAAAGAUU